AUGGAAGAGCUAAAAUCGGCCGGAGGAUGGUCCAAAAAAUGGAUCAAGGUUUUCUUCUGCAUGAUCUGUACCAUGCUUUGUUACCUGGGCGUACUGUUGUUGACGAUCGGGUCGGUAUGCAGACUGCAGUAUGAACAGCUGGAUGUUCUCAUGGACAUUCGUAUGUACCGAUUGGUUUUAUUCCUGAUGUUGGUAGGUACACUGUGUCUGGUACUAGCAUUCAUAGGAUUCCUCGGCAUAUGGAGAGAAAAUCGUCCUGUCUUGUAUACGUUCUGUUUGCUGCUGAUCGUUUUUUCACUAAUGGAAGGUACGGUGGCUUUUAUUGGUUACACGCAAAGAUACAGUAUGGAUAUAGAAAUGGAAACCAAGCUGUGGUUUUCCGUAAAUCAGUAUUCGCUCGAUGUCAGUUUACAACCUUACGUGGAUACGUAUCAAAUGCAGCUCAAGUGUUGCGGAGUGCACAACUACACCGAUUGGCUUGCGGCUCUACCUCCAGAUGAUUACACGUCGAACGAUGAGGAUCUGAUAACGCAGCUUGUUCCACUUUCCUGCUGUGAUCUUGCAGAUACAACGAAAUGCACAAUCUAUGAUGCCGGCUGCCAUACCCGUCUGUACGACAUUUUUUAUGAUACUGGCAAUACGGUAAUCACUAACACGCUAAUAACGGUGCUAUUACAGCUUUGUGGGGCUGGAUUUGGGUUCUUUUUAGUGCGUAAGCUGAGACUGUUUACAUUCAUGGAUGAAGAGCUGUUCCACACGGAAAAGCACAACCCAUUUGCGUACUCGAAAAUGCAAAGCACAACUCUGUCGAGCGAAAAAUUGUAA